AUGACUCUGUCGUCGGAACCAACCUACUACCACCCCCCCAAUCUCCAAGCCCUCGACCCCUCCGCCCGAGAAGUCGACCUCAAUGCCUACACAUGGGUCCAGACCACCAUCAUCGAAGACGGCGACCUAAUAUUCGGUGGCAAGGCCCUAAGUGCCUGGUUUGAGGAGGAGCGUCGACGUCUAGUCAGCGGACCUCCUGAAUCGAUUAUCCUACGAUCUGGUGAGGAUGCUGGUGACUUCAUCGAGAGUACUCGCCUUCCGAUCGCCUCCAGCCUAUUUUAG